AUGAAGCUCCUGCUGCGACUGGCUGUCCUGGUGGGGACUCUGGGGGUCCUUCAUUCAACCCCAGACGACCAGUUUACAGCCAUCUCAGAGGACACCCUCAAACAGCUGUCCUUGAGUGGGGAGAAACUGGUGGAUGAGGAGAUGAAGAAGGCUCUGUACGGGGUGAAGCAGAUGAAGGAGGUGAUGUGGAGGAAUGAACAGAAACAUGAACACCUCAUGAGGUCGCUCCAACACAGCAGCGACAAGAAGAAGGGGGCAGUGCAGCUGGCUAAGGAGGUGACUGACAAGCUGAUGGAGGCAGAGGAGCAGUGCAAAGACUCCCUGCAGUCAGAGUGGGAGGAGUGCAGACCCUGUCUGGAGGAUGCGUGCAAAACUUUCUACACCUCCACAUGCCGAAGGGGGUUUGCAACUUUCCAGAACAAGGUGGAGAACUUGUUCCGCAGAGUGUCCCGCCGCUUUGGUUCCCAUCAGUCCCCUGUUGAAGCAGGGGACAUCCUUGUAAACCAGGGCCCUGACACCACUGACACAGAGGUCACCCAAGUGGAGGAGUCCUUCAACCGCCUCAUGAACAAAGUGGGCACCCUGGUGAACCGCAGCAUCACCCUGGUCUCCACCAUGAGCAGCCGCCUGGACAAAGCUCUCCAGAAGGCUUUCCUCAACAACACUGACAUCCUAAAGGAGAAGGCCGACACCUCAGAUCCCUAUGAUCCUGCCCGGGACUCCGGCUUCCUGCAGGGUGUGGGACUGGACGAGGUCCUGGAUUCCUUCUUUGACUUUGGGAAGAGUGUGGUGGAGGAGUUUGGAGCUGUGGUGACACAGGUGUUCGAUGACAUCCAGGAGGCAGUGGAGGAAGAGAAGAAGAGAGAGAGGGAAAGUUUUCCACGUUUCCUGCAAAACAGGAAGUUGUGCCGAGACCUUCGUAAGCAGACGUCAGAGUGCUGGAGGCUCCAGAGCCAAUGUGAGGCCUGCCAGGGAACUCUGCUCACAGAGUGCCAGGGUGUCCGGGAGCUGCAUGUGGAGCUGGAUGAGGUCUCCCAGCUGCUAGAUGUGUCCAAAGAGCAGUAUGAUGAGAUCUUAUCCAUCGUGCAGCGUCACACUGAUGAAACAGUCAGCUGGCUCAGCAAUAUGGCGGCAGAAUUUGGCUGGGUGGCUCAAGCUGUGAGCAACAGCAGCGCUCCAGAGAACAUUUUCCGUGUCUCUGUAGUGGCGCCAAAGAUCAUUGAUGAACAGAAUCUGACUGAGAGAGAAACCACAGUGGAGGUGAACAUCCUGAACUCUCCCCCUCUGAUCCUUUCUGUCCCUGGAGAGUUAGAGCUUCAGGACCCAGCCUUCAUCCAGUAUGUGGCCCAGGAGGCUUUGAACAAGUACAAGGAAAUGGUCAGGUUUGAGGAUGAGUGACCCUACAGUUUCAUCAGAGCUUCUUCCAGCACUUUCUUUGUGAAUAAAACUAGAUUGUGUUCCUGUUGAGUAGCAUAAUCUCACUAAAAUGUAAAUACAUUGAAAUAAACCCAUAUCACUCAGGGUGUUUGAAUGUAAAAUGAGGAAAAUAUGCAGCAUACUUCGUGGCUAAUGUUGUACAUACAUAAAACAAAGCACAAGAAACUGUUUAUGAUGCAUUUGUUCUUCAAGAGAAGUCUUGCAUGAAUAAAUGAAUAAAAUGAUGUGUAAAACUUU